AUGGCCGAGAUGGACAAGCCUUCCGCGAGCGAUGUCGUUGUCAUUGGGGGAGGACCAGCUGGCUCGUAUGCGGCUACGCUGCUGGCUAGAGAGGGUUUCAGUGUAACACUUCUCGAACGCGACCAGUUUCCAAGGUAUCACAUUGGAGAGAGCCUUCUCCCGUCCAUUCCCCGGUACCUGUCCAUCAUCGAAGCAGAGAGCAUUAUCAAGGCGUUAGGCUUCAAGGUCAAGCCAGGCGCGGCGUGGAAGCUGAACCAGUACAGCCGCGAAGGAUACACCGACUUUUCCACACUAGAUCCUUCGGACGUUACUUGGAACGCCGUCCGCUCCGAAUUCGAUCACGCGCUUCUGCAGUACGCUGCCGAAUGCGGAGUGCGCGUCUUUGAAAACACGAAGGUCACUGCGCUUUGCUUCGAUGACGCUGAACAGCCCGAGCGCCCUACAGCAUGCAAUUGGAAGACUAAGGACGGCUCCGAAGGUCUUGUACGGUUCAAAUGGGUCGUCGACGCUUCCGGACGAGCGGGGAUCCUCUCCACACAGUAUCUGCAUAACCGCAAGUUCAACACCAGUCUCAAGAACGUAGCCUGCUGGGGAUACUGGAAGGACGGCGCAGCAUAUGCGCCUGGGACUGAGAGAGAGGGUGCUCCCUGGUUUGAAGCUUUGACGGAUGAGUCUGGAUGGGCUUGGUACAUCCCUCUUCACGACGGCACUACUUCCGUUGGCAUCGUCAUGAAUGAGGGAGCGAGCAAGCGAAAGAAAGACGACUUCCGUACCCAGAAUGGCGGCAGCACGCUUCUACAGUUCUAUCUCAGCCAGUUACCGCUUGUCCCAGGUCUCCGCACGUUGCUGGAGCGCGCGACGCUUGUUUCCUCCAUCAAAUCAGCGAGCGACUACAGCUAUUCAGCUUCCUCCAGCGGAGGUCCUGGAUAUCGCUUGGUUGGCGACGCUGCGGCCUUCAUAGAUCCUCUGUUCUCGUCAGGCGUACAUCUUGCAUUCACGAGUGCUCUCUCGGCUGCGUGCUCCAUAGCCGCGUCCAUCAGAGGACAUUGCUCAGAGGAGAUGGCCGUCGCAUUCCAUAAUCAAAAGAGCGGGACGGCGUACACAAGAUUCUUAGUAGUUGUCAUGGGCGCGUACCUGCAGAUUCGGUCGCAGAGUGUACCGGUUCUACAGGAUGUCGACGAAGACAACUUCGAUCGCGCAUUCGACCUCCUUCGUCCCGUUCUGCGAGGCGAAACAGACAUCAGUGGAGGUUCACUGACUGAAGACGAGUUGGUACAGGCCAUGCGCUUCUCUGCUGCCGUGGUGAUGGCUCCCACAACACCCUCCAUGCACGCCAACGUCACGAAACGCCUUCCGGACUCGUUGACCGACAUGAGCAGCCCCAUACUGCCGCCCGAGAACAUCAAGCGUAUCGUCGGCCAGGAAGACGACGAAGCCUUUCACGUCUUACGGGAGAUCAAUGCGCGAAAGCCUAUUCACCAGAUGUAUGACGUUGGGAAUCACUUCGUACAGGAGGAGUUCUGCGGAAUGGUGCCCUGCAUUACGCGAGGCGAGCUUGGGCUCGCCACUCGCGUUUAG